AUGCAGUUGACCAGCAUUUUGUCGGUGGCUAUUCUGCCCCUCCUCGCCUAUGCGCAGGACACCACCUCGGGAACUACAACCCUCACGCAGACCUCGACCAUGACUAAGACCGUCACUUUGGCCAGCAACACUGUGACAAUGACCGCUACGAACAACUCGACCAACGAGCCUACCAGCGUCACUCGUUCAUCAUCCAGCCGGGCGACGGCGACGUCCUCCACGAAGGCGUCUUCAGAGACUCCCGGCGUCAACGGCCUUGGCAACGGCGCCGCGUCACUCGGCUCCUCCCAUGUCGCUAUUGCUGGGGUGGCAGGCAUGCUUGUCGUCGCGUUGAUGACUGGAAGGAAACGACCACGACAUCACGAAGACGCUGAGCGCCUGGCUGCAUCGGACCCGACAUUCGAGACCACUACACCCAAUGGCAUGACCGACACUACGAAAAAGCAUUUUGCAUAA